CAUCAAACAUUUCUGUAGGAAGUAAGGCCGGGAUGUCAACAGAUACGCGAAGCUGAAGAUAUGAAUCCGUCUGUGUUUUUUAAUGCAAUAUAUUGUCUUUAGGCCUAAAAACACUUAGUUGAGGAUGAGAGGUGUUAGGGUUAAACUUUUUUCGUGGUUCUUGUUACUGUUUUUCGUGAAGCUGUGCCUGUCAGACAGACUCGAAAAGCCCAACUCUGUGGACCCUUACAAGAGAACUGACAACGACGAGGAGAAUGUGCUACAUAAGGAUAACGCUCCACUUCAAGACAAGCAGUUACCUCAUGAUCAUAAACAGAGACGACAAAAUAAACUUGGCUCAACCAACUCGCAGGGCGACGGAAAGCUUUUCAGAAAGUCCAAUGAAACUACUGAGAAUUACAGCAAUGAGACCCAUCACUCCACAGCAGCUGCUGCCAAGCCAACCACACCAGCACCCCCAACUCCGAAGCCCAUCCUGCCUGUGCAGACCGGGGUGAAGGCCCAGGAGGAGGAACAGUCCAGUGGACUGACUAUUUUCUUCAGUCUGCUUGUCAUUGGUAUCUGCAUCAUAUUGGUGCACCUGCUUAUCAAGUUCAAGCUGCAUUUUCUUCCUGAGAGUGUGGCUGUUGUGUCUCUUGGAAUCCUAAUGGGAGGGUUCAUUAAGAUCAUCGAGUUCCAGGAACUGGCCAACUGGAAGGAAGAGGAAAUGUUUCGACCCAACAUGUUUUUCCUCCUGCUUCUUCCACCCAUCAUAUUUGAAUCUGGAUACUCUUUACAUAAGGGUAACUUCUUCCAGAACAUUGGCUCCAUCACCCUCUUUGCUGUGAUUGGUACAGCUAUCUCUGCCUUCAUAGUGGGCGGAGGUAUCUACUUCCUAGGCCAGGCUGAUGUGAUUUAUAAGAUGACCAUGACUGAUAGCUUUGCUUUUGGAUCUUUGAUCUCAGCUGUGGACCCUGUAGCCACUAUUGCCAUAUUCAAUGCUCUCAACGUGGACCCAGUCCUCAACAUGCUGGUGUUUGGGGAGAGUAUCUUGAACGACGCCGUCUCCAUCGUUCUCACCAACACAGCAGAAGGCUUUUUUUCUCGCUCUGAUAACUCCAUGGUAACAGGCUGGGAGACUUUUGUGCAAGCGCUGGGGUAUUUCCUCAAAAUGUUCUUCGGUUCUGCUGCUCUAGGAACUCUGACUGGACUCAUUUCAGCUCUUUUUCUAAAACACUUUGACUUGAGGAAGACGCCAUCACUUGAGUUUGGCAUGAUGAUCAUCUUUGCAUAUCUUCCCUAUGGCCUAGCAGAAGGAAUCAAACUGUCAGGCAUAAUGUCUAUCCUAUUUGCGGGGAUUGUGAUGUCUCAUUACACCCAUCACAACCUUUCACCAAUUACACAGAUCCUCAUGCAGCAGACGCUGCGCACAGUCGCCUUUAUGUGUGAGACUUGUGUGUUUGCUUUUCUUGGCCUCUCCAUCUUCAGCUUCCCACAUAACUUUGAAAUAUCCUUUGUCAUUUGGUGCAUUGUCCUGAUUCUUCUUGGCCGAGCAAUCAACAUUUUCCCUUUGUCUUUCUUGCUGAACUUUUUCAGAGAUCACAAGAUUACGCCAAAGAUGAUGUUCAUCAUGUGGUUUAGUGGGUUACGAGGUGCCAUUCCUUAUGCUUUGAGCCUCCAUUUGGGCUUGGAACCCAUCGAGAAGCGUCAGCUAAUCGGCACCACAACCAUUAUUAUUGUAUUAUUUACCAUCCUCUUCCUUGGGGGCGGGACAAUGCCGCUCAUCCGCAUUAUGGACAUUGAAGACAGCCAGUCACGGCGAAAAAACAAGAAGGAUGUUAAUCUCAGCAAGACGCAGAAAAUGGGUAACACUAUUGAUACAGAGCACCUAUCAGAACUGACAGAGGAAGAGUAUGAGGCUCAGAUUUUCCAGAAACAAGAUCUAAAGGGCUUCAUGUGGCUUGAUGCAAAGUAUCUUAACCCCUUCUUCACUCGCAGACUUACACAAGAGGACUUGUUACACGGACGGAUCCAGAUGAAGACGCUGACCAACAAGUGGUACGAAGAAGUCCGCCAGGGACCGUCAGGAUCUGAAGAUGACGAAGAAGAAACAGAACUUCUAUGAACAAUUUAGCUUCUACAAAAACAAGAAACAGAUAUUAUCUGUCCUUGGCUGUGGAUCUGUCUUUCAGUGAAGGCAUGAUUUGUUUUCACUGUUAGUCAAAGGAAGCUCAUAUUUCUUCACCUGCUACCAAAUUCAUGUUGGUGAAACAUCUCUAGGCAGUGAAGGUGGAGAAUUAUUUCUCUGUGAUUAAACUGGAAUAAAUUAUCUUCACAGUAAAUGAAGGGAAAUUAUAACACUGGAUAAAAAAGAAAAAAUAUAUUCUAUUAUUAGUUUCUUAAUAUUAUUGAACAGAUGGGCUGUUUCACUGGGUUUGGUUUUCUUUGAACAGCACACAGGAAUGUGUUUAGAUUAAAUUUUUUUUUAAACUUUCAUGAAGGUUUUGUCCAAAGGGAAAUUGGCAAAGAAACUGUGACGGGAAGUUUUUCUAAUGUGAAUCAACACUGCGACACAUUUUUCCUCUGUGUCUUUGAAUUUUGUGUUAUCAAUAUUUGGUUAAGUUCCACUUAAAGUAAAAGUUUCACUUGGGAUCAGAAAGGAGAAGUAAAAAUAAGUCUGACUUCAAGCAAGAUUUCAAAAGUGGAAUUUUUAAUUGGCUACAUGUUUGUGUAUCUCCUUGUUUACCAGCAUUAAUUCUCUCUGUGCCUCUUCAUUUGUAAGCUUUAAGGUGUCCAAGUUAAUUUAUUUUUAAAAACAUAUAGGUAAACCAUAUGCCAUGAAGCUGAAAUGCAAAUGACAAGUGGGCUCCCCCCCUCAGCAACAAGACAGCCAAGAUAAAUUCAGAAGAAAGUUAAAACAAGUGAGUCAUGUCGAGGAAAAGUAGCCAUUUUAAUUAGAAAGCAUAGUUACGACAGCAUGAUUAUGCCCCAGAAAAUUGGAAAUUACUUUCCUUUCGGAGUGCGAUACCUGCACCUAUUUUCAUUUUCUGGUACAUUUUCUGAAUCUACACUGUGUCUGAACCUGGCCUUAGAGGCUUCCUUAUGCAUUUUGCAAACAGAUGCAUACAUAUGAAUGUGGGGUAAAGGGUAUUGUUGUCAUAUCGCAUUCGCUGCUGUUUUCUUUAUUUAUGAGAUGUUUAUCUACUUUUUGUUCAAUUUUGUACAAAUUCUGUGACCUUCAUAGGAUUACUGGAAAAGAAAGGAGCUAUUAUAAAUUAAAUCUUAUAUGCACUAAA